UCUGUAGAUUUCUGGGAUACAGCAGGCCAGGAGAGGUUUAGUAGCAUGCAUCCGUCCUACUAUCAUCAAGCUCAUGCAUGUAUUCUAGUGUUCGAUGUAACGAGAAAAGUGACAUAUAAGAAUCUUAGCGAGUGGUACAAAGAACUACGGGAAUACAGGCCAGAGAUUCCCUGUAUACUAGCAGCCAAUAAAAUAGAUGUUGACUACAAAAUCACAGAAAAGAAAUUCAACUUCUCCAAGAAGCAUGAGUUACCAUUCUUCUUCGUCUCAGCCGCUGAUGGGACCAACGUUGUCAAGAUGUUUCGGGAAGCUAUCAAGAAAGCCGUCUCCUACAAAGAGAACCCAACAGACUUUACAGAUGAAAUCAUGAAGGAAUUAGAGGAAAUGGAUCUGAAACUCUCCCCCGAUAGUGGCCUUGAGUCAGCAACAAACUCAGAAGGGAAGGAAAACGGCAAUGUGAAUGACAGAGCAACAACUUCGUCAUGACAACCGCAUCAAUUUUGAUGAGCAAAGGGAGCAAAAGUAAGAUAUGGACUCCUAAAAGGUGCAACGUUGCUUUUUACUGAGCAAAAAGGUUAAUUCUUGUUGUUAUCAGCUAAUGCCAGCUCUUGAAAACUUUCGUGGAGGAUCCUCCUGCCUGGACGGAGCGGAGGAUCGAUGCCGUCCUGUCACGAUGGAAAGGGUCCCUUGAGCUUCAAGUGAUGCAAGAGAAGUCCAGAUGCUAAUUGAUGUGGCGGGGAGCAUUGCUCUCAUGCUCUUGUAGCUAUUCUACGUAUCACUAUAAUAACAAGACCAACGCCAUCCUUUGAAAUGGAUCUACAGAUGACUUCACCAAGAUUUGUUAAAAAAAGAAAUGAAUUCAAUUAUAUGCUUGAUACAUGUAGGUUGAUGAGCUUCAUGGCGGAGUAAUUCUUCGGUUGUAUUUUACAUCAUAUUCUUAAUAUCAUAAUCCCUUGAUACCAUGGCAACUAGAUAGUUUAACAAAGCGUUGAGUUGAUCCUUGAAUCAUUUUCAAAGCCAUUAGUUUUGAAGAAUUCCUUGUAGGAACAUAUAAAAUUGAUGAUGGAUUGACUCACACUGUUGCAGUGGAAUGUGAUAAGUUUUUCUCUGAAUAAAUAACAAACAAACCCAAUGCUCAAAGGUCCGUAAUAUACCUUGGUGAUCGAGUUGGAAUGAAAAAAAGGUUCAUCAUGGCUUCCACAUUGUGUAUUCGGAAGGUUGAAACCAACGUGUGUCUUGUUGAGAAAGGUUACGUCUCAUUGUUUCAUGAAAGUGGACACGUACAUGUACAUAUGUCCUGUGGGUUAAGUUUGCAUCAGUGAGCAUUUCAUGAAAGGACAUUUGGGAUGUUUUUUCUAACAAAGGAAGUUGAUCCGACAGUUACCUUAGGAGCUAUGUUUCUAAGCCAAUCAAUAUCAAGGAAAGUUGUCAGAUCUGACGAUUUGUUGGACGACAAAUGUUGACGAAACGCUCCCCUGAUCGUAUUAAUCGGAUUUGUCAAAUGCUUGACGUGUUACACCCUUUGAAAAGUUUCAUUGCAGGAUGUUAAAGCCAUUAACUCUAUUCUUAUAGUCGGGGGCGGAGUGACGUCACAUCCGCUUAUCGACGACGGCACUGACCUUAGUACAAUGAAAACAAAGUAUAAGACACACCAUGAAAUGAUGGCAGAAACAGCACUGAAAAUUUGAGAAAGAUUCGUAAACUUCUAGAUAAUGAAAUGGGUUCACUCGAUUAUCACGAUGUUCAGUACAAAUUAUGAAUGCGAUGUUUGUGUCGUAUGCAUUGUAGGCAUGCCAAAACGCAGCGCUGCUGUACGGGUCGGUAGUGCACUGUUCUCAUCGGCCGGUCAGUUGCUAGGGCUCGAGAUUGGAAAUGCCUGGAUGUUCUCCCCAGCCUAUACACACUUUUGAUAUGGCUUCAUCCAAUUAGACAUUUCAUAAGGCAUUCCAACAAUGUCCAACAUGUUCAUAGCAUUCAUUUUCAGACAUAGCGGACAAACUGCCCCAAUUAUGUCCCGAGCAGUGUGUCAUCAUGAAACCUUAAUUUGACAAAUUGUGUUUUUUUUUUUUUAGAUUGGCACUCAUUAAUUUCACAAAUUCUUCAAUAUUUUAUUGACGAAGAAGACAAUGCAAUGCUGUAUAUUCAUUGAAUUUUUUUCCCUCACAGAACUUUUGAAGUGCUUUGCUUGACAACCUUUCAAAAAAAAAAAUUAAUGAUGGACGUGCAGAUUAUGUUUCUCAUAGAAUGUGUUAGGAGUUGACAUCCUUCACAUUAUUCUAUGAAUGCCAUCAGUGGUUGGUUAAAUGUCCCAACCACAGAGCAUUGUAGGUUUCCACUUUACAAUUUUCACCUCCAGUAAAAGAUUCAUAGCUGACUAUUAUUAUUCUAGCAAAGUUUAUAUCAUCCAGCCUGUUUUCUUUGAGCCUGAACUAAAACUGGGUGAUUUCAAGUUCUGUCUUGGUAUUGGUGUUGGUGUUAGUGUUAUUGUUUUAGAUUCUAAAGUUCCAACUCCUGUGAUUACAAAAAAAACAGACAAAAAUCACAUAUUAUCUCAUGAAUAUCAUCUUAGCACCAGCAACAUGUAUAUUUGUUGUUUGGUGCUAGGUCCAGCACUAACACCAUAUUAAGAUCAACACCAAACUUGAAAUCACCCAAUACAGAGCCCAGCACAGUAGGUGCUGGACUUAUAUAAAACUUGACUGUACACACUAUAUAAAGGUCAACACCGAACUUAAACUCAACUACUACAGAGUGUUAAAACACCCAUAAUAUUUGGAGUUAGGUGCUGGGCUUAUAUAAAAAUUGGCCCUAAGCUAGCACUAUAUAAAGGUCAACACCGAACUUGAAAUCGCCAUUACAGGAUAACGCCCAUAAUCAAAACAUUCUUGAUGAAUAAAUCUGGGAAGUUGCCCCCAGUUUAUAGUAGCUACCCAUAGUUAAACCACAAUCUUUUCAAUAAAUUUGUAAUAUUCAUGCCAUAAUGACAAGGCACCAGUAGACAUGUGUGUGUCUGACUUUGCUGCAUACUCUAGUAUAAAUCACUAAAUGCUGUGCUCGGUCCUUCAUCCAGUAUUCAAUGUUUAUAUAUGAAUGUGACUAUGUAGUUUUGAUUUAUAGAUUGAUCGAAUGUCAGUGUUAAUUAAUCUGAUGCAAGAAUGCGAUGGUUUAAAGUUGCCUUCACAGUGACCAAAGGAAUUAAUGUACUAUUUAUUGUUCCUUUAGAAAAGGGAUUCAUUACAUCCAAAUUCAAGUUGAUUCAUGCUAACGUGAUAUUAAUUCUAAACAUUGUUUUUCUUAUGAUGAUGGUGGUAAAAUUGAAUUCAUCAGAGCCCUGAAUCAUACAGCUUUAUUAUCAAUCACAUUUGCUAGCACCUGUUAUAAGCUACUAAAAUCCUGCACUUUGAUUGGCUAAGAGCAAAUCUGGCAUGGAUUUGGGGAUGAUACAAAGUUUUAUGAAAUCAGGGCUCGGUUAAAGGAUGAUGAUGCACUUAAUAGGUGGUUUCAGACCGCCUCGAAGGUCGUCAGUUCCAGGUUUUUUCUGAUCGGGAAAUUACCCGGAUCAGAAAAUACCAGGUAAUAUUGGCAAUGUGAAAGCAAAUUAUGCGUAAUUCCUGCAAGAAAAUACCCACUAAAUAGUAGGUACUUGUCAAAAGUACGAGAACUUUCGCAUGGAUUUUUCCAAGGUCCCAGGUAUUUUGGCAAUGUGGAAGCAAUUUACUGGAAGCCCUGCGUGUAGUUGGGCGCGGGCGCCGUGGGUGGCUGCUGAGCUAGUGGUUUUGAAUCUCGCGCCUUGCCUGCUUAUCAGAUCAUACUGCGCAUGCUCGUAACUUCAGGAACUUAUCCCGAAGGGUAUGUUUCAGGGCGGUGUGAAUGCAAGAAUAAUUAAUGGGUAUUUUUAGCCUAAAAAAGUUCUCGUAAUUUAAUGGGGAUUCUUAUGAUCGAGGCGGUUUGAAACCACCUAAUGGUGCAAACUCGAAGGUGGGGGAGGGGUCAGGGGCGGUUGACAUGAAUCCGCCCCCCCCCCCCUUCCCAUUCAUUGGGGAGUAAACCGUAUAUACUGUAAGACAUUAGACUACUGACACAAUUACAAGGACUUGGGCUUUUUAAAAUUAUUUCAAAUAAUUUGAAUGAAUUUGCUGGUACAUGUACCGGUAUACAGCAGUAGACAUGAAUCAACUUGAAUUUGAAUGUUGCGAGUCCUUCAGUAAUUCCCUUUAAACUUAUACAUGUAUUCAAUCUCCUAGAUUGUGUGGGUAUUCGGCAGCAGAGAAUAGAAAACCUUGUCAAAUUGUACUUAUGUCUUUUAUUUCAAAUUAAAAAUGUGUUACUUUAUUGAUAUAGUCAACUAGUCAUGCAAUAAGUACUAUUACUUUGAUGUAAAUACAUGUACAGCUUUUUUAUGGAAUGAUAGAUUACUUCAUCUAGGCUAGCUAUAACUAGACUCUAAGGAUUGGAUUUUGAAGUACUGAAUUCUUUCUCGGGAGAGUAUAUUGAACACUUCAUGCAAUUGUAUUUAAAUUUUUGAGAGAAUAUAGACAGUCUAUGUGUAGUAUUUCUAUUGUCAAUCCCUAACUUUCACUCUGUAGUCUUACUAAGUAAACUGCCGAUUCGUCUAUUGCCAACUCGUCCACUCAUCACAUGGUCUACCUUCAUUUAGUCUAAUGCCAUUCCGUCCAUCGUCAUCUCGUCUAACAACCAUUUGGUCCAAUAAUCACUUCGUCUAAUUAUCAGUUCGUCUAUGACCAUUUCAUCUCAUAACCAGUUGGUCCAAUAUCCAUUUUCUUUUCAUUCAUUUCACCCAAUUAACACCAAGUCCAAUUAGACCAAAUGUAAUAUGGACUAAAUGGCUUUUGGACCAACUGGUUAUUAGACGAAAUGGUGAGUGGACGAAAUCGCAAUUAGACCAUGUGGAUAGUGGACGAAAUGAUGGUAGAUAAAAUGAUAGUAGACGAGUUGGUGAUGGGACGAAUUGGCAUUAGACCAAUUGGAAAUAAACCAUCUUACAUUGCUAGAGGUGAAAGAAAGUUUUCAUUUACUUGUGAGUCUAAUUUCAAUGGUUUGUAGUUCUGUAUUGUUACUUGUUACAGUGCAGAGGUAAAUGAAAUAUUUUUAUAUACCUUUUGUGUUGGAACAGGCCUGUUCUGUGGCCUGGCUGGUGGGUGUUUCAUAAAGCUGUUUGUAAGUUGUAUUAAGUUACAUGCCAUUUUGCGAAUGUCUGUCACUGGUGACCCUUGCUUGAGGUAAAUUAUGCACACCGCAUUUUCAUUUGGUUCCUAAGGAAGGAUCACCAGUGAGUCGAUUGUAAAGUUCCUUGUACCUUAUAAACAGUUUCAUGAAAUGUCCACCUAGACCAUGUUUGGUACCCAGCCUUUAAAUUCAUCAAAUGCAAAUAGGUAUCAAGGGUUACAUGGUAUCAUAGAAUUGGUUUAAGUAAUACCAAGAUUGUUUGGUGCAACUGGGCUAGGUAAGAACUGUCUGACUAGUAAUAGACCGAAGCAGCUUUUCUCUGUUUUUGACAAAUUCAAUGACUUUGAAGGUCGUUUCUCACUAGUUUGGAGAUGACUAGUACAUUGUAGUGUAGUUAACAACUAGAGUCAUUGUAAUACUAGUAUUUCUUGGAGAAAGCUGGCUUCAGGAAGUCCAGAGAGCCCCAUCGACAUAUUCAUCAGUUGACUUUGGGCUAUUCUGGUUAAGUUGGCGUAUUUUGUGUCAGCUAUGGCUAUUUUUUCUUGUUAGUAUGAGCUUAUUGUCAGCCCAAUUGAAGACCUCUCAUGUUGUUUGGCUUUAAUUGGGUCAGCUUUGGCUUCUUUUUUGUGUCAGAAAGUUUCAUAAUCCUAAUGUACAUGUACUUUAGUUAGAAAUCAUGAAUUAAUUGAUACAUGUUUAAAUGAUAUAUGCGUAUUCUGCCAUGAUAAAUGAACUAUGAAUUAUUUAUCAACUUUAAUGAUUGAAAAAAUGUGUGUGUUAUCAGAAAAGGAGAAAAAUUUCAAAUUUUUCUUGAUUAUUUUUUUUCUUCUCAAGCUUGGUGCUUUUUGCAGGGGACAGGCCAAAUGUUAUAUACUGGCAGUAAAAAUUGGAUGCCUUAUAAGAUUUAAGUUUAAUUUAUAUGUAAAAAUAUUGUCGUUCAUUCUUAUGUGUGUCUCAACCCUCUAGUUAGAAAGUUUAUGUGGGUCAUGUCUGCUUUAAAUUUACUUUUGUAAUCGGGGGGGGGGGGGGGGGGUUCUUAGAAAUUUAAAAAAAAAAAAAAGUUUAAAAAGAAGUAUUAUCUUUCACAGUAACAAGUCACCUCUACUCAACACAUUGAUGAGUUGUUAUUAAUGAGCGAGACAGAUUACCUUUUUAGAUGUAUAUCAAGCUACAAAUUGAUGGGACUUGAAAAACAGGUCUAUACUCUAUCUGGUGUACAGUUUUGUUUGUUCACAAAAUGUAUCCUACAUUGUACCCGUUUUGACCGACAGUUUACAGAUAGGUUGAUUGGGACAAAACCUAACAUCUUUUUUGAACUGACAACUACGUCAAAGCAACUUUGGGUGUGUUCAAUGUUGGUUUCCAAAUUUAAACGGCAACAUGGAUCAUGAUUGACAGCGUGAUUAUAAAAUGCAGAUAUAAUGAGAAACAAAGGGUGCGUUCAAUGUCCUCUAUUCCCGGUCGUAAAAGUAAACGUCUUUUAAGUCAUGAUUCGGAGGAAAAUUUAAAAGUCGGAAAAGAUGCGUUUGUAAACGUGUUCACCUCAGAUUUUACAACCUUCAGCAUCGCGAAUGCGACAUUGAACACAAUUGAGUUUUGAAAUUGCGUCUUUAAAUUUGCUCUCGCUGAGGAAGCCUACAGAAACAGGUGCGAGAACUGGCCUUUCUUGUGAUGGGUCAAACUGCGUAACUAAAACUGCGCUAAUGGAAGUGGGAAAUUUAAAGACGAUCAAUACAUAAACGGCUUUAUAUUUUCAACACAUGUUACUGUUUAAAUUUGAAAAUCGACAUUGAACACACCAUACAUGUAUGUAGCAUACAAUGUAGUUUAUACAACAGUUAUAGGACCCACAUCACUUAUAAAAACAGUUUGCUCAGGUGUUAGAAUUAUUAUGCACACUUGUUACCCUUGAAAAGGUCCAAAUGCCCUCAGCUAUGCUUUGGGCAUCUUGGAACUGUUCCAAAGGUACCUCAUGUAUAUAAUUCUUACUAAUGCCUGCAAUGGUGUGUAUUAUUUGUAUAAUAUAUGAAUAAUCUAUUUGAAAGUUUACAAUACCAUAGAACAAAUUUGAUAGAAUUUUAAUAUGCAUAUGUGUAAUACUGUAUAUGUAGUGCUCAGAUCAGGCAUCAUACAUGUAGGUGUUCAUUACGAACGAACUGUCUAUGUAUUCUUUAACAAAUAUAUGUAACACAGAGCAUUUAUUUC